AUGUCAGUCGAAGCAAAAACAUUCACGAACAAAUCUAAUGGUGAAACAUUCACAAAAGGCACUUAUAACGGUAUUGAAGUCUUACGUAGAGACAAGGAUGGUUACAUUAAUGCAACAAAGAUGGCAAGAGAAGCAGGAAAGUUAAACCAUUUAAACAGAUUUCUCAAUAGUGCUAAAAUGCAGGAAAUUCUUGAGUUUUGGUUGAAAGAAUACGGUCGAGCCAAAAGUGGCUCAACCUCAAAACAAGCAUUUUAUGAGCUUACUAAGGGCGUUAUGAAUGAAUUCAAAGGUAUUUACAUACAUGCUGACCUCGUUCAUUUUGUUGCUGAAUGGUGCUCUGUAAAGUAUGCAUUUUAUGUCAAAGAUAUUAUGGACUCCAUAGACAAGAAAGUUCAUGAGAAGUUAGAUGAAGAAGAACUCGAAGAUACAGUGGAGAAUGCUAAACCUUUGUUCGAAGAAGAAGUUGGAAAAAUGUGUGAAAAACAAUUAGAACAUGAAC